ACAACACAGCUACAACACAACCUCAAUUCAAGAUGUGCCAGAACAAGAACAUCAUCAACAACAACAACAGCAACACCAUGAACAUCAAAUCCAACAAGAAAUCGUACAGCGUGAAGAAGCUGCUGCAAAAGAUCUUUAAGCAGCAACAGCAGCAGGUCGAGGAGCAACAGAACAUGCAAAACACACACAAGGCCAACUCUUUGGAGUCUCUGGAAUCCAUUGAGAAUAGCCGCAAUGCUGAUCUUGAGUCCAUCGCCAACAAAUCUUGCUGCGCCGAUUCCCUGGAGUCCUACGAAAAUGAAGCCAAUGAGCGUCUCUCCGCCUCCUGUGAAAUUGAGGACUACGAGCUCGAGCAACUGCCCACAGUUCCCGUUCACUUUGUGCGCACCGCUCAUGGUACCUUCUUCUGGACCGCCGCCUCCGAUUUCCCUGCCGACAACGAUCUCGUGGAGCCACUAGACUGCAGCACCGCCAACGAAAUUGCCGUCGCUCAGUUCCAGGAUCGCUGGGUGCAAGCCUAAAAAGCAACCUCAACCUCAACCUCAAAACAACUCAACAUUGUCUUCCAUUUGGGACCAGCGGUUCCAGCUUCCUGCUUUAAAGCGGCUUCUGUUAAUUUUUGAAAAAAAUCACAUACGAAAACAAAAUUAACUGCAAGUCGCAACACUCAACUGAGCUUUAUGAAAAUUGUGAUAAAUUUUACUCCUAUUUUUACAAAAAUAUAUAUA